CGGUUCUGAUCCGCGCGGAGCGCGGUGCUUUCGGGGACGCGGACCUUGGGGACUGGAGACUGAUGCAUGAGGGGCCCAAGGAGGCGCAGGAGCGGUGGUGAUGGUGUGGGAAGCGGAGCUGAAGUGCCUGGGCUUUGGUGAGGCGUGACAGUUUAUCAUGACUGUGUUCAGGCAGGAAAACGUGGAUGAUUACUACGACACCGGCGAGGAACUUGGCAGUGGGCAGUUUGCAGUCGUGAAGAAAUGCCGGGAGAAAAGCACUGGUCUACAGUAUGCCGCCAAGUUUAUCAAGAAAAGGAGGACGAAGUCCAGCCGGCGGGGCGUGAGCCGCGAGGACAUCGAGCGGGAGGUCAGCAUACUGAAGGAGAUCCAGCACCCCAACGUCAUCACCCUACAUGAGGUUUAUGAGAACAAGACAGAUGUCAUCCUGAUCUUAGAACUCCGACCUGCUGUUGCAGCUCAGCACAGCAUGCACACAGAGGAGGCGUACGUGAUGUCUGAUCACGAUUUCAUGCCUUCCCUGUCCCACUGUUCCCUCGUGAAGCCAUGCCAAUCCGGCUUCUGA